CUCUCUCUUUCUCUCUAUAUCCACUCUUUAUAAAAUAACUUUCUCAUACAAACGAAUUAGUGGCAGUACAUAUACAACAUCAAUGGAGUCUGGGAAGAAUUUGAUGUUGCCACUCUCUCAUGAAGAUUCUAAACAAAAUGAAGAGAGACAGCGAAAAGUUUCAGCCAUGACAAAAAAGGGAGUCUUCGUUGCUUUAUCUUAUAUGGCCUCUUCUGUUCUCUUGGUCAUGUUCAACAAAGCAGCCCUCUCCUCUUACAAUUUCCCUUUUGCAAAUGUCAUCACACUUUCUCAGAUGGUUUUUGCAUUCAUGAUUCUGUGUGCGAUGAAAUCCUUGAAGGUGAUUUCUUUCACAACUAGUGAAUCGCUGAGCGGUUCUAGCAAUUCAGCAGUAUUUGUGUCCUUUAGGACAUUGGCCCAAACACUUCCUCUUGCUUUAACUUAUUUGCUUUUUAUGGUGGUGACGAUGGAAGCAGUGCGAGGCAUAAACAUUCCGAUGUACACCACCCUGAGGCGAACUGUAGUGGCCUUCACAAUGGUUAUGGAGUAUUUUCUGUCAGGACAGAUACAUUCAAGAGUUGUUGUCGGAAGCGUUGGGAUAAUCAUAGCAGGGGCUUUUGUUGCUGGAGCUCGCGACUUCACAUUUGAUUCUUAUUCCUAUUCAGUUGUAUUCAUAGAAAACAUGUGUAAGGCGGUGUACCUUGCUUCUGUUUCUCGUCUUUGUAAAUCCACCGGCCUUAACAUUUUUGGCAUUGUAUGGUGCAACGUCGUGAUUUGUGGACCAAUCUUGUUUCUCUGGUCCUUACUCAGAGGAGACCUCCAAACAACACUAAACUUUCCAUACUUUUUCUACCCUGGAUUUCAGGUUGUUAUGCUUCUUUCUUGUGCUUUCACUUUCUUUAUAAACUACAUAGUAGUGUUGAACACAACUAUCAACUCGGCACUUACACAGGCAAUUUGUGGUAAUUUAAAGGAUGUUUUUACUAGUGGCUUUGGUUGGUUACUAUUCGGAGGACUUCCAUAUGAUUUGUUCAAUAUUCUUGGACAAAUUCUUGGCUUUCUGGGAUCUUGUUUGUAUGCCUAUUGUAAACUUCAAGGGAAAUAGGGAAAUAAGGACGAGCUUUCAUAGUUUAACAGGGGUUGACUACUUCCCUAAAUGGAUCAGAAAACCAGAAAGCAUCGUAUUGUGCCCCCCAAGUUUUGUAGAUUUUACAUAGUGGGAAGGAAGAAAAAUCAAGUAUCAAACCAUCUUUAUGACUAUUUACAGUAUAAAGUGUUAUUGUCUGCAAUAAUA